AUACAUACUGGUGCAUUCAUGCGUUAUAAAUUUAAUAAAAUACGUUGUCGUUAUCUCCGUUCAUUGUCGUCUGUAUGCUACUGAUAACGUACGACUAUUAAACCGUAUGUGAACACGAGGUUUUUUUAUAUAUAUAUUUUUUUUUUCUUGACAACAAAACACAUUAAAUUAUAAUAUUUUUAUUAUUCUAAAAAUCAUGUUACUAAAACAUCUGUUAGUGCAAAAAAAAGUUCAUUAAAUUGCGACGUUUACGUAAAUAUAUUUUGAAAAAAAAAAAAAAAAGGAUAAAAUAAAAAGUCAAAUCACGACGCGAUCAGUGACAGCAAAUUUUUUAUAUUUCCUUGAAAAAUUAAUUUUUUUUAUAAAAAUAGAAUCAAGUUUUUUAUAUUUGGGUGGUAGAAAAAAAUUGUGAAUCAUCAAGAUAAUAUAAAAAUAUAUUUUUUUUCCUGGGCGGAGACUGGCUGACUGGCUGGACCCAGGUUGCUGUUUUUAACAACAAGAAAUGUUCGAAUGCACGAGACAGAUUAACAAUGGAUUAUUGGGCUAUAAAAAAUAUCCAACAUGAGAAAAGAUGAUGAGUAAUAAAAAAUUAACAAUCAUGAAAAAAUAUCUAAAUAUUGUUAAUUAAUUAUAUAAAAAAAAAAAACAUAGUUAUUUAUUUAUAAAUAGUUGCUAAAUAAAUAGUUUCCUGGAGUGUUCAUUACUGUAAUGUUAUUAUCAUUAUAUUGUUUACAAUAUUUAAUAUAAAAAAACAAUUUUAUGAUAAACAAUUUUAUAUUUAAAGUGAUUAAAAUCAAGUGUUACUGGUUAAAAUAUCGAGUCAGUGAUUGUUAAAAUUUUUUAUCAACAACAAACUGAUAUAUUCAUUACAAAGAUAAAUUUUAUUUAUUGAUUUAUAUUUAACAAUAAUUUAUAUCAAAUAAAGUAUAAUUUUUUUAUUUAUUUAUUUUUAUAAAUUUUAUUUUUUUUGCGGUUUAAAUAAUUCAACGACAUCAUGACUGAUAUUACAACACAGGAUUUAAAUCAAUUGCUUGUUUAUUUUUCAAAAAAUACAUACAGAGCCAAAGAUGCUGAUUGUGUGGGUCAAGGAAUAAUGCAAAAAUGUUUGUUACUUGCUGACCUCGAUUACACACACUCAGUGAUAAAUAACGUUGGUGGUGAUCUUAGUGCUCAUUAUCCAAGUCAUCUUAUUAUACUUGAAAAUGAAAAACAUAGAAAUCCACAUAUGUGUGAUACACCACCACCCUUACAACGUACAUCUGAAACAAUAUAUGAAAGUAUGGAUGAUCCAAAUAAAUUAAAAGAACUAAUUAAAAGUGCUAGAUUUGCAAGAUGUCGUUCAAGAUUUCCUUUGCCUGUAAUAUUAUAUAAAGGAAGAAAUAUAUGUAGAUCAGCAACAUUAUCUGGUGGUCCAGAAAUAUAUGGUCGUUCUGGACUUAAUUAUUUAUUUAAUAGUAAUGAAACUGGUGGUGCUGGUGGUGGUGGUAAUUGUGAUGAACAAAUUGAUGAAGCAAGCGGUAAUGGUAAUGGUGAUGUUGAUACUGCUGAUGGUGAUGAUGGUGGUGAUUCAGUUAUGAGUGAUUGGCAGUUAUUUGAUAAAGUUAGAAAUCAAGAUAUUAAAUUAUUAAAAACUUUAAAUGUUGGUAAUAUUAUUGAUUUUAUGGUGGAAAAGAAAAAAGUUAAAUUUGGAGUAAAUGUUACAUCAUCUGAAAAAGUUGACAAAGCCAAUAGAUAUAAAUCAUUUAAAAUAAUUGCAUUGCCUUAUCCAGGAUGUGAAUUUUUUAAAGAAUUUCGUGAACAUGAUUAUCAAGCAAAAGGUCUUGUAUUUGAUUGGUCACAAACUCAUGUUGAUGCACAAAUUGAUGUACCAGAAGAUAUUAUAUCAAAUCAAUUGAAAGUCAAUUGGGAUCAGUAUCAAGAUUGGGAUCUUAUUAAAUUAUCACAAAAUUAUUUAAAACUCAUAUUGAGAUAUCUUAAUGAUAGCAGUAGCGGAAUGUUGAUACACUGUAUUUCUGGUUGGGAUAGAACACCAUUAUUUGUUUCAUUAUUACGAAUUUCAUUAUGGGCUGAUGGUGUUAUACAUAAAAAAUUAGAUCAUUUACAAAUAUUAUAUUUUACAAUAGCAUAUGAUUGGUUAUUAUUUGGUCAUGAUCUUCAAGAUCGUUUAAGUAAAGGUGAAGAAAUAUUUUUUUUUUGUUUUUUCUUUUUAAAACAUAUACAAGAUGAAGAAUUUAGUGUUAAUUCAAGACAUUUAAGAACAAGGCAUCCUGUACUUCGUAAUGACAGUGAUUGUCAACUUGAUAAUGCUAUGUUUGAAAAUGAAUCACUUGUUACAUUGAGUUCAGUUAGUUCAAAUAUGAGUUUAAAUAGUUGGUGUAGUUCAUUUAGUCAAAAUAGCAGAGAUAGCCAAGAUAAUAAUCCACCUGCAGUGUUUCCUUGUUCUUCCAAUGAUCUACCAGAUGAUUUUCCCAAUAAUGGAAAUGUUUUACCAUGGACAUUUUAUACAAAUUCACCAAACAAAGAUGUUGUUACAUCACAUGCUACAUCAUCAUCAUCAUCAUCAUCAUUGGCACCAGCAAAUCGUACAUCACCAGUUGCUGUACCAGUUCCAGGUCGUCUACGUCAACGAAAUGAAUCAUCGUCUUCCACUGGUUCCUGGCAAAUGAUAUCAGGUACUGGUAGCCUACGUGGCUCAACAACAGCUAAUUCAGCAUUACCAGAAUUUUUAAAUGGUGCUGGAUCAGCAUGUAAAUCUCAUUGUGGUACUUGUUCUGGUCAAACAUCACAAGAAUCAAGUAUAACUAUUAUUGAAGAUGAAUCAACAACUUCAGUUGCACAAACUCGAAAAGACAGACUACACUGUUUACGUACUAUUUUUUACAAUGUCUAUAGUCAUACUGUUGGAUUUAGAAUGAAAGAAAAUUCUGAAACAAGUGGCUUUGGUCAAUUACUUGGUAAUUUUGCUGAAAAAGUUGGCAUAUUAUCUGUACAACGCACAUCAUUGUGACCUUAAAUUGUACUCAGUAGAAUUGUUAUUUAUUAAAUAGACACAAUUCAACUGAAAAUAUAAAAAAAAAAUUUAUAAAAAUAUUGUAAUUAAAAAGAGAAAGAAAAGAAAGAAAAAAAAAAACUUAAGGUGCAUUAAAAUAAUUGUACAGAUAUUUUCUAUUUCUUGUUUAUUUUAUUUUUUUCUUUUUAAUUUGUAUAAAAAAAUUUUCAACGUCAUUAAUAACAAUUAUUAAAUAAAAUGUAAAAAAAAAAAAAAAAAAAAGAAUUAAUAAAUAAAC